UGUUACACCUAGACUAAGAUUUCUGCAGAAUCAGAAGAAGCAGAGACCCAAACAGACUGAAGACACACACAACUGGAAUUGCUCAGCAGAUGAGAAGCCUUGGAAAUCCAAAUUUACUACCCUGGACUUUGGAACAGAUGACAUUGAUGAGGAGGACUUCUUAACAAGCAUCAAGAAAGAACAAGCUGAAAUUGAACAGGAGGAGGAGUCAGAAUCUGCAUCAUUCCCAGAAGACCUUCUUGUUGUCAGUUCUAAGAAAAAGCCACUGACCAAGCAAGCUGUUGUCAAGAAGCUAAUGAAGAAGAACAUUGUCCUCAACACCAAAAUUGUGUUCAAUGAAGAGGGUGUGGAGGUGAAGAACCCCGAGAAACAGCAGACAUCAAAGGUUGCCCAACAGCUAGAGGAUCAAAAGAGUGGAAUUAAUAUUACACAACUGCAAGAGAUCAUGAAGCAAGAAGAUGUCAUUGACAGAAAACUAGAAGCAAGCAAAAAGAAGGAACAGAAAGAAAUUAAGAAAAGAAAAGAGAAGGCUAAAAAUGUUGAAGAAAAAAUUGAAGUUGAAGAUAUGGUGGAGGAAGGAGAUGAAGAGAGUGAUAUUGAUGAAGAGACUCAGAAUAUCAUUGACUCCCUUCCUGACCCUGACAAGGUUUAUAGUCAUAAAAAGAGAGACUCAGAUUCAGAUUCAGAUUCAGAUGCUUCUAAAAGGAGCAGUGAUGAAAGUGAUACUGGGAGAGGUGCUGCUGAAAGUAGUGAAGAUGAUAGCAGUAGUGAAGAAAGUGAACCAGAAAAGAAAGUCAAAAUAAGUGGCAAAAGAAAAGCUCGCAUGAAGCUCAAGGAGGCAAAGAGAGCAAAAUUAGUUCAGAGUAACACCCUGACCAGUCUUCCAGUUGAAGAAAAGGAGCAGUUAGCAUUAUUCUUGCUAAGAGGAGGAAGGAAAUGAAAAAUGUAAAUACAACUAUACAAAUAUAUAUAGUAUGGAAA